AUGGCUUCACCUCCCCAUUAAUUAAUCCCUUAAUUAUUAACGGGAAGAGCCUUCCCCGGGCUGGAAAUGGGGAUGUGUGUGGGGUGGGAACGAGGAUUCCGGAGCCCGUGGUUGCCGCGAUCGCCGCAGGCUCGGAGAUGCGAGCCCCGGGCCCGCCCCACCCCCUUCCGGUACCGGGAGGGGGCGUGGCUUAACGGAAGAGGGCGUGGUCUUGUCCCGGUGAGGGCGUGGCUUCUGGCCGGAGCGGCGCCCAUGGCGGAGCGGCGCGUUUCGCGCUGGUACUUCGGCGGCCUCGCGUCGUCCGGGGCCGCCUGCUGCACCCACCCCUUGGAUCUGCUGAAGGUCCACCUGCAGACGCAGCAGGAGGUGAAGAUGAGGAUGAUGGGGAUGGCGAUGCACGUGAUCCGCACCGACGGCUUCCUGGCUCUCUACAACGGGCUCAGUGCCUCGGUGUGUCGGCAGAUGACGUAUUCCUUGACUCGCUUUGGCAUCUAUGAGACUGCGAAGAACCACCUGGGCAACCAGGGGCCUCCCCCAUUCUACCAGAAAGUGCUCUUGGCUGCAGCAGGAGGUUUCACUGGCGGGUUUGUGGGAACUCCAGCGGACAUGGUGAACGUCAGGAUGCAGAACGACAUGAAGCAGCCGCCGACUCAGCGGCGCAAUUAUUCCCAUGCCCUGGAUGGCAUGUACCGUGUCCUCCGGGAAGAGGGCCUGAAGAAACUCUUCUCAGGAGCAUCAGUGGCAUCGUCCCGUGGGGCCCUUGUUACUGUUGGACAGCUUUCCUGUUAUGACCAGACCAAGCAGCUGGUUCUCGCAACUGGAUUGCUGUCAGACAACGUCUUCACUCACUUCCUGUCCAGCUUCAUCGCUGGCCUGUGUGCCACAUUCCUGUGCCAGCCCCUGGAUGUGCUCAAGACCCGCCUCAUGAACUCCCACGGGGAGUACCAGGGUGUCGUCCACUGUGCCAUGGAAACUGCCAAGCUCGGACCACUUGCCUUCUACAAGGGCUUCGUUCCUGCUGCUGUCCGGCUUGUCCCUCAGACCGUCCUCACCUUUAUCUUCCUGGAGCAGCUGCGCAUAUAUUUUGGGAUCAAAGUGACCACCUGAGUGUGGGGGACUGGACCCUGCCUUACCCCGGGGGGGUGAGCGUGUGGGUCACCCCCAAGAUCCCAGAACCCCUCUCUGCUCUCUGGGGCCAGUGCCAUCCCCCCUCUUCUCAACUCUACUCCUGUGCCUUGCCAGCACCUGUGGCCAACCCCCUCCUCGCAAACUCACCCCUCCUCUCACCCCCAUUCUCAGCAUCUCCACCUCUGCGUUACUGCUUCUGGGGUUUUUCUGGGGGGGGUUCUGUCUUCCCACUUCUCUACUGGCUCUGAGUUGUGUCCUUGCCCCCCCCAGCCUUGUCCCUGAUGUGCCCCAGAAGCAGGACUGUGCUGUCUCAGGGAGUAGGGGGAUGAGAUGCCUGGCUCUGUACCUCAUCACAGAGCCCACGGGGCUGGGGGGGCUGCUGACCCUGCAGCUGUGGGGCUGGGGCUUGGGGCAGUGUGUGUGAGUCCCUGUCCUCCCUCUGCCUUUAGCCCCCGUGCUCCUCCCUACCCCCAGCGCAGCUUGGACCUCGUGCCCUGCUCCUGGUCUCCCACCCUCUGCUUCUGCUUGGCCAAAACUCCUCAGCACUGCUGGCUGCUGGGCUCUUCAGGGAUUGUGCCUCAUACCAAUGAUGGUGGGGAACAUGGCCUUGCUCUGGCAGGGCCUGUUACUGCCUGCUCGGGGACCCAGUGCUCUCUUACCACAGUGCACCUACCCCACGCUGGAUCUGGUCUCUGUGGGGGCAUCCCCCACCACCACUCUGCAGCCUCUUUCACCUUGGGGCUGGGCAGACUCCCACUCCUCACAGCCCCUCUCCCCACACUGCGCAGUGUGUGGGGGCCGUGAGCACCAGCCCCUCUGCUAUGUGCACCCCUGUGUGUGCUGGCCCCAAGGAAUCAAAGAACUGGAAUAUCUGAGACCUUGAUGUAUAAUAAAGAGUGAAGGUGGCACAGG